AUGUGUGCAUCAACAAAAAUUCCGGUUUUUAAAGACAGGUUGGAAAUCCAAGUUAUUGAUGGUGCAAUAAUAUCUGCAGCUAUCUUGAGAGCACAAGAAGGUAUCAUAUCGAUGCCAGUUGCUUUUGAUAUUUUAAGAUUACACAACCCAGCAGUGACCUCUUCCACUCCUAUUUCAGAAAACUUUAAAAUUGUGCUUGAGCGUGGGGUAUUAUUAGGCUUUGUCGCAUGCAUCGAGUCACUGCAGGACUCAGAAGCUAAUUUUGAACCAAUGGAGACAAAAAACUCAUUAAGUUUCCGCAAUUACACAAUCAUUUGA